AUGGCAAGCAAGGAAAGGUGCGAUGUGGGUCUCGUGGGACUCGGCGUGAUGGGCCAAAACCUGAUCCUCAACAUGGAGAACAAGGGCUACCGCGUCGCUAUCCAUAACCGCACCGUAGCGAAGAUCGACGAGUUCAUCAAGAAGAAGGGCGAGGGCAAGAAGCUCGCUGGUGGACACACCAUCGAAGAGUUUUGCCAGCUCCUCUCCACCCCGCGCAGGAUCAUCCUGAUGGUGCCCGCGGGCAGGGCUGUGGACUCGAUGGUGGCUCAGCUCUUGCCCCACCUUCAGAACGACGAUGUGGUCAUCGACGGCGGCAAUUCGUUUUACAAGGACACCCAGCGCCGCGCCGAGGAGUUGGCCAAGAAGGGAAUCCACUUCGUGGGGGUGGGCAUCUCCGGCGGGGAGGAGGGCGCGCUCCACGGCCCCUCCAUCAUGGUGGGCGGCAAGAAGGACGCCUGGGAACACCUCAAGCCCGUCCUCCAGUCCAUCGCCGCCAAGGUGGACGAUGAAACGGGCAAGGACACGACGGCGUCGGGCAAGGGCGUUCCGUGUUGUCAGUGGAUGGGCGAGGACGGCGCCGGCCACUUUGUCAAAAUGGUGCACAACGGCAUCGAGUACGGCGUGAUGCAGCUCAUCUGCGAGGUGUACCACCUCAUGCGUGCCAACGGGAUGACGCAUGCGGAGAUGCGCGAUGUCUUUGACAAGUGGAACGGCGCCGAACUCGACAGUUAUCUCAUCGACAUCAGCACCAAAGUGCUGGAGAGGAAGGACGACGAGUUCGAUCCGCAGCGCGAUCUGCUGGACGUGAUCCUCGACACCGCCGAGCAGAAGGGCACGGGCCGAUGGACCGCCGAGGCCGCAUUCGAGCUGGGCGUGCCCACCUACCUCAUCAGCCAAUCCGUGUUCGCUCGCAUCCUCUCUGGCUACAAGGAUCUGCGGGUAAAGGCCUCCAAGAUACUCACCGGCCCCGAGCCAUCAAUCCAUGUCGACCGAGCCCUGUUUAUCGAGCAGCUGCGCCACGCCCUCUACGCCGGCAUUGUGGUCUCCUACGCUGAGGGCUUCUCGCUCCUGCGCGCGGCGGAGCAGGAGCACAAGUGGGGCAUCAACCCGGCCACGGCGGCCGUCACCUGGCGCGGGGGGUGCAUCAUUCGCUCGCGACUCCUGAGCAACAUCCGCGCGGCGUUUGAGAAGAACCCGGAUCUGGAGAACCUCCUGUUGGACGACUUCUUCAAGGGCGUGAUCGACGACUGCCAGCAGAACUGGCGAGAGGUGGUCUCCUUCUCCGUGCGCUGGGGCAUCCCCGUGCCAGGGCUGAGCGCCUCGCUGGCCUACUACGACGCCCUACGCACCGAGCGGCUGCCAGCCAACAUGCUGCAGGGCCUGCGCGACUACUUCGGCGCCCACACCUACGAGCGCACCGACCAGCCGCGCGGCAAGACCUUCCACACCGAGUGGCAGCAGUCCAAGCCCGACAGCCACCACUCCAAGGCCGCCCACCUCUAG